AAUGAAAACAGACAGUUCAGCGGCCAAGAGACAGGCGGUGCUCAGGGAUCUGUGCUUACUGUCAAAAAGGCACAAUAACAUCAAAAUUAACUAGGCUAAUUUAAGAUAACGUUGUGUUCUCCUGCUAUAACACGACAGACGGACAAGAAAACGAGAUUUGGUUGUUUAGAUUUCACCAUUGUCAGUUGUAGAGGUAUUUCUGCGAUGGAGUUUCCAGAUUUGGGAGAGCACUGCUCUGAGAAGACCUGCAAGCGUUUAGAUUUUCUUCCUAUGAGAUGUGAUGCCUGUGAAGAGAUUUUCUGUAAGGACCACAUUACCUAUGCAAAUCACAAAUGCACCUCAUCCUACAAAAAGGAUGUCCAGGUCCCAGUGUGUCCUUUGUGCAACAUCCCUAUUCCCAUCAAGAGAGGAGAGAUGCCCGACAUUAAAGUCGGGGAACACAUUGAUCGGGAUUGCAAAUCGGACCCUGCACAGAGAAAGAGAAAGAUUUUCACAAAUAAAUGUUCUAAAGGAGGCUGUAAGCAGAAGGAAAUGAUACGAGUGACCUGUGACCAGUGUCAUUUAAAUUACUGUCUUAAACACCGGCACCCACUAGACCAUGAUUGUAAAACUGAUGGGAAACCUCUGUCCAAACCAGGACAUGCUGCUGCAAUGAGGGCCCAAGGUGCUUCCUCCGCUGCCUCUGGUUCUAGUUCAUCUGCUUCAGGACGCUCUAGACCUGUUUCUAAUGGUGUGAGUGCAAACAACAGAGGCCACAACAGUGGCUCUACUCAGAGGAUCCCUACUUCCGUUUCAGCACAGAAUGUUAUCCCACCAUCAGCAUCAUUUCAGGCCGGCAUGACGGAGGAGCAGGCUUUACAAAGGGCUCUGGAGAUGUCUUUGGCUGAUUCGAGGCCAACGGUUCAGCCAGCCCUUAGCCCUCAGGAGCAGGAGGAUCUGGCUCUCGCUCAGGCUCUCGCUGCCAGUGAAGAAGAAUACAGACGUCAGCAGCAGAGACAACAGGUACCCGGAAAGCUUAGCCAUCACUAGCAUGCUAACAGGAACGCAUGGGAGAGAGUCCAAACAGUCCAACUGCAGCCUUUCUUAAUCUCCAACCACCAUUUAGACUUCAAGCUGUGCUAAUGAUCUACUAGAAACUGCACAUCUAGGAUAUCAACAUCCAGGAUCAAUGAUUGUUAAAAGAAGAAAUACUCUUGGAAAUUUGCUGAGACAUUGCCGCCUUCUACUAUAUAAGCACAUACUUUCCCAGCAGGAUCUGUCAUUUUUACUAAUGAUUUGCUUUGUACAUAUUUUAUAUGCUAAUCAUGAUGAAACCGUUAUAUUAACUUGUAUGAAUAUUAAUAAAUUAUUUAAAAGAUGCA